UCUCCCCCCAACUAAAACCCUGCCAAAAAAUCUGAGCUUCCUGCCUUCCAUUUUCUCCCCCCGCUCUCCGAUCGUCUUCCACGAUGCUGUCCCGACUCCUUCCUAAACCUUCACAGCUCCGACAUCUCACCAAUCUCUACCCAAAACCCCAAUCCACUUCUCCUCUCCCACCUCGCCUUCCUACUUCCGGCUUCUCUUCGCUCUUCCGCCCUCUUUCCACCGGCGGCAAUAAUGACAACGACGGCACCGGGAAGGGCGGCGGCUCCUUCUCCGACCUCUGGAAGCUAUCGUCGGACACCAGCGGCGGGUUCUCCGAUCCGUUCUUCAGCGAGGAUGCCGGAGGCUACGGCGGUGACUUGCAGGGGAUAUCCGACGCUCCGGAGCCGAAGGCGGCGGUCGAGAAGUGGGCAAUCGAGGAUGGGGAAGGCGUGAGUGCCGGUGGGGACGUUUUCGGGAAAAUUGAGAGCGAUGCGGGCUCUGUAGCUGGGGCGAACAAUUGGGGGCCGUCAAAGGAUUUCAUGCCGUGGGACUUGAAGAAUGCUGCGGGAGAGGAGAAGAGCGAGAUCUUUGAUCCGGACUCGGUGUUUGGGGCUGAGAGCAGGACGGGUAUUAGUUUGAAAGAGGAGAUUGAGAAGAGAGAGGAAGAGAUGAAGAAGCUGGAAUUGGAAGAGGAGAAGCUCACCGCCAUUUUGAAAAAAGCGAAUGAUGUACUUGCUGCAGGUCCGACUCGUGCAUUUGGUGAUCUCAUUGCGGCAUCUGGAAUCACGGAUGAAAUGUUGGACAGUUUGAUUGCUUUGAAGGACUUUGAAGGGAUUGAGGGGUUGCCCACAUUGGGCGAGAUAGAGGACAUUCGAUACGAAAAGAGUAGGAGGAAAUCCACGAGAGCUGAAAUGGAAAGGCAGAAGCAGGAGGAAAUUGCCAAGGCGAGGGUGAGACAAGUGGAUGACAAAGGUAGGGCUUAUGGGACGGGGAGAAGGAAAUGCAGCAUUGCCCGUGUUUGGAUUCAACCUGGAGAGGGGAACUUCAAUGUGAAUGAGAAACAAUUUGAUGUGUAUUUCCCGAUGCUUGAUCAUCGUGCUGCUCUUCUGCGCCCUUUCUCAGAGACAAAGACUCUGGGUCGUUUUGAUAUUGAUUGUACUGUCAAAGGAGGUGGUGUUUCAGGUCAAGUUGGAGCUAUUCAAUUGGGUAUAAGCCGAGCAUUGCAAAACUGGGAACCUGACUUGCGGCCUCCACUCAGAAAUGCCGGUUUCUUGACGAGGGACUCACGUGUGGUUGAAAGAAAGAAACCUGGCAAAGCAAAAGCAAGGAAGAGCUUCCAAUGGGUCAAGCGUUGAUGGAUUGUUUGCAAGCUUUGUUGUUUUGGAUGAAUUGCACACAAGCUCAAUCCUUUAGAAGCUGUCUGCCUCAUGUCUUGUAGAAUUCAUUAAACCUGUAGCGACUCCACAAAAGCUCACAAAGGUUCAUUUAUUUGCUGAAAAUGAGAACAAGCUUGUAGCAGUCGAUUCAGUCUAAAACUUUAGUGGCAGUUGCUUGAAACGAAGAGGGAUACAACUUCAGAAUGAAUACCUGAAAAAGAAACAGAUGCCGUUUUGUGUUCUCCAGAUUUGUAGUGUGAUUGCCGGGAUAUCCCUUAUUAUUUUCUUGUAGGAAUCGAGUUAGAAAGAGUUGUAACUUGCUCCCUAAGUUUCAGAUUUUGAUUAGUUGCUGUGACCAAUAAUAUAGUGAUUUGCUUGAAUGGUUCAUCUCAGGCUGCCACACUUAAUAAGGUUGCUUA